AUGGAGACAGCAGGAAAAUAUUCUAAUCCUCAAUCUCUGUGGCGUUGGGAUGAUGUAACAAAUACAUUAGUUCACGACAGAGCUGUGACUGCUGAGAAAGCUGAUAUAAAUGCUGAGACAUCUUCCGAAAAAAUCGAUCUUUGGAAUUUAUCUCCUGCACGACGUCCGAUGGCUUACGAAAAAUAUCCAUUAGAAAUAUCCAAAAAUAAAACAACUAUAGCAAUCGAAGAUAUUGUUCAUAUUUCAUUAAACAUGGUCAGUGAUACCUAUUAUGUUCCAGAAAAAUUUGCUGAGUUUGUCAAACAGUCUGAACUCGAAGAUUUUUUUCUGCAUUUAAUCAAUUAUUUUCAUUGGUAUUUUGAAUACAAAGAGUCACAAGUCAUGACAAAUCCAUUAUGUGUACAAUUUAAUCAUGAAGAAACGACUCGCAUAUCUAAUGCUGAAUGUCACAUGAAUACGGCUCUUGUAUUUGUUGCACAAAAAUAUAGUAACGUUGUUCUGGGAACUGGUCUUAAACAAUAUCAUCAUUUCUAUUGGAUCGAAGGCAAUGAUGGUGAUCCAUUAACAAAGAAGCGAGAGAUCAUUCCAUAUAGUGGCCGUGUAUCACGAACAUUAAUUGACCGUGGUAAUGCUGAAUUAUUAAUAAUAUUUGCUACAUUUGUUGUAUGGAUUACAUUUGAAAGAAAAUAUUUCGAAGUUAUUCGGGAAGAAAUCGGACGAAUCAUUCGAACGGAUGCUUUUCCAAAUCCAACUUAUUCAACAAUUCAAAUUCGAACCCGAUCAUCAAGGUCAUCACGAUCAACAACAAGCGAUUUUACUACAGGUGGAAAUGGUGAGAAUGCAUCGACGUAUUCAGAUCGAAAGAAUACUGCCGCAAGUAAAAAAAGUACGCGUUCACAAAAAACAGUAGCAACAGCAUCGACGACUAUGAGUCAUACUUCAAGUACCAGUAGUAAAAGUGGAACAAAACGACAACCUUUUCAAAGAUUAUUAACACAACGAUCACCUAUUGUUGUUACUCUACUUCCGACUGCGCGCGAUCAAAGUGCGUGGCUGUUUGAUCGAGUUCGUGGUAAAAGUGAUCAAGCUGCAAAACUGCCUAAACUACUGCCUGAAAACAAAUUUAAAAUUCGAUAUGAAAUUGGCGUGCUUGGUCAACCGAUUGAUACAUUAACAUUAAUUGCAAGUGGAAAAACACCAACUGGAAAUACAUCUGCUUCUCAACUAGCCCAAAAUGAUGUAAAGCGGCGACAUAGUACUGUUGAUAGUGGAAUAUGA